AAGUCGAGCAGAAGCCACAGAGAGGGGUUUGAAAGAAGCUCGGGCUGUGCUGCUUCAUAGCUUUGAUACGGGGACUGCGAGCCGAUAACAGAUGAUUAACAUAGAAACACAUUGUUUGUGUGUAGCGAGUAACGAGGCGGCGCUGGACAUGUCGACAUCAUUGCUCUCGCAAUAGCAAGCGCUGUGCUCUUCAUUUUACUGUUAGAACCGGGUGACAGUCUGUCUAAACCGCUGCUGCAAUGAUUCAGAAAACCCGUGUGGAUAGAGCAAGACCCACAUUAUCGAUUGAUUAAGUUACAUUGCUUCAGUAACACUGCUGCAGCAAUCUCAGGGAAUAAAGCACACGCGAUUUUUCAGUUUUGCAAAGUGCACGAGAGGGGGGGGUGGGGGUUUAAUUAUAAAAAGGAAAGCAAUGUUGUCAAAACUAAACCUGUACAUUUAGCAGUAAAAAAAUAAUCGUAUCUGAUCUGCGAGUUAAAAGUAAAUUCACUGCGGAGCGCCGAGACUAUGCCUUGGAACGCCAGGGCACCGAGCAGCUGCGGCAGGAGCGACUACAAGACCGAGAAGCAAUGCAAAAAAACCUCCUUCGCUUUCUACCAGGCUGUGCGAGACUUGCUGCCGGUGUGGGUCCUGGAGGACACGAGGACUAUGGAGGCGUUUCACUGGGAAGAGGACGGGAGGGCAUGCGCCUACUCCCCCUCGGAGGCGCUGCUGUACGCCCUGGUCCACGACCACCAGCCGUACGCGCGGUACCUGCUCGCCAAGUACUCGGGAAGCGCCCUGGACAUGCCAAGCAAGAGCUUCUGCUGCCGCUGCCGCUGCCAGUCGGGCUCCUCGGCGGCGCCUCACCUCGCCAUGGCAGUGCGCUACAACCGCAUCAACAUACUGAAAAUGAUUCUAAAAACCCUGAAGGAGGACUUUGCCGAAAGCGACCGGGACGGCUACAUGAACCGACGGGGCUGCGUUCACGCAGAAGGAGGCAAAACGCCCCUGCAUCUCGCGUGCGACCUGGCCAGACCCGAGUGUUUGGUUCUGUUGCUAGGACACGCCGCGUCUCCAUAUGUCACGGACUGCAGCGGCGACACCCCCCUGGACACGCUGCUGCAGCAGAUCCGCCAGAGCGAGCUCGACACGCUCCUCAAGCGCGCCUGCCUCAGCCACCUGACACUGUUCAUGCCGGAGCUCAGGUUCAAAAUGAAAAAACAGCUUCUGGACAACGAGGGGCUGUGGCAGAGCUUGGUGGGAGAGCAAACCUUCCAGUGGCUGUCAGGACAGUCCCCUCCCUCCCUGUUUAUGAGCUCCAUGCAAAGCCUGAUCAGGACAAUCUCUCCGGAACACUUUCCCGAGGGACUGGAUGCGCUGCCGGUGCCAGACUUUCUGAAACCUUUGGACUUCAGGCUGCAUUAAGCCUAGAAAAUAAUAAUAAUAAUAAUAAUAAUAAUAAUAAUAAUAAUAUAUAACAUGACUUUAAAACGGAGUUUAAUUUUUUAAUAUACAGUUUUAAUAUAAGGAAAUAUGACUUAGGGAUUCAUAUACAUUGUAUAUUUGUGUUUGGUUGUUCAUGUCCGGGUUUGUAGUAGAGAGGGCAGGGAAGACACAGUUUGGAAUCUGUUACAUUGUUUUACAAGAGCCUGGAAGCAACGCAAUGAUGCAGUGUUUGCAAACACUUCAAUAAAAACAAGUGGCUACACUGAA